AUGGCAGAGGUCGGGAUGUCCGUGUUCGAGCAUUCCCUAGCAUUCGCCGAGGCUGAGACGAUGAUCGCCCACACACUGGGUCUAGGCUAUUACGGGUCAACGAGAUCUGCGGCCAGCAAAGGAAAUACCACGUCUCCUAGUCUCGAUUCACAGCCUACGAUUCCCGCAUCAGGUACAAUAUUAGCUCUUGCGGAUGCUACGUCUGCCCUGACGGGUCCGCAUCUGCUUGAUCGUGUCAAUGUCCCGGUAGAAGUCCUCUUGAUCACAUUGCUCUCGUGUUGCAACUCGCUUUCGUCUCACGUCAUUGCUGUUCUUGGUAAACAACGCCAAUGGAGGCUCGUCAAUACCGGAAUAUGGGCAAUGGCUUUCAUGGCGGCAUUUGUCUGGGGAUUCUGCACAACUAGUGUCAUGGUUCGGAGCGGCGACAAUGGAGACAACCGUCCUGUCAGCAGCCUUCUACACUUUCCAACUGUGGCGAUCAUAGGAUUUCUUCCUCAUAUGGUCAUCCUAGCUGGUAUUGCGGUCUGUCUGCUCAUAUAUUUGGUUGCCCUCACCUUGACGGCAAUUUCCCUGGGCACUAAUCCACAGAUUCCACGGCCAACCACCCUCAAAGAACGUUUUAUGAUAGCACACGACAACUUACAGGUCGCAGUUCAGACUCGAGGGAUUGAUAUUCGAUGGCAUGAGGACUUUUAUACCUCCCUCCUCCGCACCGGAUUUGCUGCGCUUACAGCGGCAUCAGAAGCAGUUUUCCUAAAUGAGGGCAGAGCAGUCGAAGUCCGCCAAUUCACAUGGUUGGAAGAGGACAGGCUAGAUGAGUUUGACUCCGCUAUGCGUGAGAUGGGAGCUUUUCAAAAUGCCUUCCCAAACAGUCCACAGUUCCAAAUUUUGGAAGAAUACGGCCUGCCUCCGUCAAGCCCUGGAGCCGCCGACAAGGGCGGCGUCUGGGAGUCGGGCUACUCCAAGGAAAGGAAAUUCGACAAAAAGGACAACGAAGCAAAGGAUUCGUUUGUCUACCCUACUCCUCGCGCUGGCGGCGUCGGCGCGGUACAGAGAACCACCCGUUUUUAUCUGAUUAUGAUAUAUCUCCGUGGGAUCAUGUUUCUUACAGCUGGGUAUAUUGGCUUUGGGAUGGGUGUCUUACUGGACUCGAUCGGCAUCACGGCAAGACCUCGCUGGCUUCGACGGAUUGUUGGUCGGUCUCUAAAAGAGAUGAACACGAGGCCAAGCGGACCGAACAACGAGGACACGCUCGACUUUUGGAUUCUAACAAAAGACGGCAAGCUCACGAUAGCGAGCAGUGAUGAAGUUGAUAUUGAGCCCGAGGUGAAGAGACGGCUAAUGACGGAAUUUCCCGAAGAGAGGGUCGAUGAACUACUAGACACAAAGCUGUAUGAGUGGUGGAAGUCGGGUGGUUGGUUUGGAACAAAAGACGACAGCGGAGACUAUGAGCCAUCGAAUGCAGAUGACAACGACGAUAUCACGAGUGUCAUUUCGAUGUCUACCGAAGCCAGUGUCUACAACAGUGACGCCGACGAAGAAGAUGCCUGGGAGUCUGAACCCGAAGGAGCGCGAACUCCAACUCAGUCACAUACAGGACCGUCAUGGUCAUUCUCAGGCGUCCAAAGCAGAGAGUCAACACCAGCCUUUACAGACUCACCUCUGGAUCCGGCGACGCUGGCUAGACUUUUGAAUCCACCAGACAGGGAAUCUCGGGAAGAGGCACGGAUUCUUGCCUCACAUCUUGCCACUGUGGCCUCCGACUCUCCUGGUGUCAUGACUCGUUCACGCUACCGUCGCGAGACCGAAGCUGAACGGGCUCGAAUCCUGCUUGCGGGACGCAGACCAGAUCCCAAGGUUCCCGCGGUUUCAUUGUACAAAGAACCGCAAACUUCGGGUCCUCGGCCGCUUACCUCUGUGGAGGAAGCAGAGGUCCUCGAAUCACUAAUCCUCAGCCGUCGACAGAAACAUGCACCGCCCCCGGCGACGUCGAAAAAUGGAAAGUCAGAUCCAGGCACCGCCGAGGAAGACAGACAAUUCGGACCGCCAUGUGUCGUCUGCCAGAACGCCCCUCGAGCCAUUAUCGCGUGGCCAUGUCGGUGUCUCUGUGUCUGUGAGGAUUGCCGCGUCAGUCUGGCCUUGAAUAAUUUUGGCAACUGUGUCACCUGUCGACGGACCGUGCAGGGAUUUGUAAGGCUCUACGUGCCAUGA